UGUAUGGGCAUGUUGGGCUGUGUGGGCCAUGUUGGGCUGUAUUGGUGCCAUGUUGGGCCUGUAUUUGGGCCAUGUUGGGCUGUAUUGGGCCACGUUGGACCAUGUUGGGCUGUAUCAGAGCAUGCUGGGCUGUGUUCAACCAUGCUGGGCCAUGCUGGACCGUGUUGGGCCACGUCAGGCCACGCUGGGCCGGCUGGGCCGUGCUGGGCCGUCCUGGACCAAGUCAGGCCAUGCCAGGCCGUGUCAGCGGCGUGUCACCGGCGCAGGGGAGAACAAGGAGGAGGACAGCAGCGUCAUCCACUACGACAACGAGGCCAUCGCCCGGCUGCUCGAUCGCAACCAGGACGCCACCGACGACGCCGACGUGCAGAACAUGAACGAGUACCUCAGCUCCUUCAAGGUGGCGCAGUACGUCGUGCGCGAGGAGGACAAGAUCGAGGAGAUCGAGCGGGAGAUCAUCAAGCAGGAGGAGAACGUCGACCCCGACUACUGGGAGAAGCUGCUGCGGCACCACUACGAGCAGCAGCAGGAGGACCUGGCGCGCAACCUGGGCAAGGGCAAGCGGGUGCGCAAGCAGGUCAACUACAACGACGCUGCCCAGGAGGACCAAGACAACCAGUCCGAGUACUCGGUGGGCUCCGAGGAGGAGGACGAAGACUUCGAUGAGAGGCCGGAGGGCCGGCGCCAGUCCAAGCGGCAGCUCCGGAACGAGAAGGACAAACCGCUGCCCCCGCUGCUGGCCCGGGUGGGGGGCAACAUCGAGGUGCUGGGCUUCAACACGCGGCAGCGCAAGGCGUUCCUCAACGCCGUCAUGCGCUGGGGGAUGCCCCCCCAGGACGCCUUCACCUCCCAGUGGCUCGUGCGCGACCUCCGCGGCAAGAGCGAGAAGGAGUUCAAGGCCUACGUGUCCCUCUUCAUGCGCCACCUCUGCGAGCCGGGCGCCGACGGCUCCGAGACCUUCGCCGACGGGGUCCCGCGGGAGGGGCUCUCGCGGCAGCAGGUGCUGACCCGCAUCGGUGUCAUGUCCCUCGUCAAGAAGAAGGUGCAGGAAUUCGAGCACAUCAACGGGCGCUGGAGCCUCCCCGAGCUGGUCCCGGAGCCCAGCGCCGACUCCAAGCGCUCGUCGCGCGCCUCGUCCCCCGCCAAGACCUGCAGCACCGACCCCGAGCAGAGCCGCACGCCCACCCCAUGCACCUCCAAACCCGCCACGCCAGCGCCCAGCGAGCGCGGGGACGGGAUGGGGCCACCCCCGGACAGGGACGACGGUGACACCCGGGACGAGAAGGAGCCCAAAGGUCCCGAGAAGAUGGAGACAGAGGCUCCCGUCCCCGAGGCGCCGCCGUCCCCGGGCGAUGGCAGCGAGGCCGAGGGCCCGAGGAAGGGCGAGGAGGAGGAGGGCCCCGGCGGCGAGCGGGAGCCCGAGGCCGAAGGCCCCCUGGCUCGCGACGAGCGUGGUGCCGAGGUCGAGAAGCCCCCCGGGGGGGAAAAAGGUGACGAGAAACCCCCCGAGGAGGAGCCCAAGGAGCGGCCGGGAGACCCCGACCCCAAACGAGAGGAGGUGAAGGCCGAGAAGGAGCCGAAGCUGGAGCCGCGCGCCAACGGCCGGCGGGAAGACAAAGCCGAGAAGCCGCGGUUCAUGUUCAACAUCGCCGACGGCGGCUUCACGGAGCUGCACACGCUGUGGCAGAACGAGGAGCGCGCCGCCGUCUCCUCGGGGAAGCUCAACGAGAUCUGGCACCGGCGCCACGACUACUGGCUGCUGGCCGGCAUCGUCCUCCACGGCUACGCGCGCUGGACGGACAUCCAGAACGACGGCGCCUUCGGGGUCAUCAACGAGCCCUUCAAGGGCGAAGCCUCGAAGGGAAACUUCCUGGAGAUGAAGAACAAGUUCCUCGCACGCCGCUUCAAGCUCCUGGAGCAGGCGCUGGUGAUCGAGGAGCAGCUGCGCCGCGCCGCCUACCUGAACAUGACGCAGGACCCCAGCCACCCCGCCAUGGCCCUCAACACCCGCUUCGCCGAGGUCGAGUGCCUGGCCGAGAGCCACCAGCACUUGUCCAAGGAGUCGCUGGCGGGCAACAAGCCCGCGAACGCCGUCCUGCACAAGGUGCUGAACCAGCUGGAGGAGCUGCUGAGUGACAUGAAGGCGGACGUCACCCGCCUCCCCGCCACCCUGUCCCGCAUCCCCCCCAUCGCCGCCCGCCUGCAGAUGUCGGAGCGCAGCAUCCUCAGCCGCCUCGCCAGCAAGGGCACCGAGAGCCACCCCCCGCCCACCUUCCCGCCGGGGCCCUACGCCACCCCCCAGAGCUAUGGGGGCACCUUUGGGACCCCCCCGGCCGGAGCUCUCCCCCCUGGGGGGGCCAACUACAGUCAGAUGCCGCCCGGCUCCUUCAUCACUGCCGCUGCCAACGGCCCCCCGGUGCUGGUGAAACGGGAGCGCGAGGCCGAAGGGCCGGAGAAGAAGGAGCCGCGCGGGGGCGAAGUCAUCUGCAUCGACGACUGAGGGGGGGGCUGGCGGGGCCCCCCCUCCCCCCCCAGCCCUCCCCCCACCACACCCGGGCCGCCCCCUCCCCCCCCUUGGCGACGGCGGGGGCGGGAGGGGGAGGAGGGGGGGGGGGGAGAGACACUGCCGGAAUUGCCUCGUUUCACCCCAAAAUCCGGGGCGGGGCAGUCAUCGGCGUUGGGGGGCGUUUUGGGGGGGGGGUGACGAGGACCACUGCAACUAUAAAUAU